CGUGAGCCUGGCGUAGGGCUGUCAAUCAACCCAGUGGGCGGAGUCUGUUAGCCUGCGAGCGAGCGGAGAGAAUAGGAGAGGGAGGAGCUGCCGGGCUCCUGUAGUCGUGACGUUAUGCAGCGGGAGGAGUGUGAUUCGGAGGAAGCCCCGGUGCCCGGCUCCUAUCUGUCUCCGUGUUUCCCCGCUCCUGGAGUGCGUCUUGUCGCCGCUGUGAGUUGUGAAUGUGACGCUGGUUCCCGCGCCUCUUCCAGCAUGGCGGCAGAUCCCGCUUUGAGCCGCAUGCUGCAGGCCGCUAGCUAUGGUACACGGAGAGGCCUUGCUGUGUGUCUGUAUUCAGCCAUGCCAAGGGAGGAGGGGGCAGGAUGCUGCAUGUCGCCUUCUCUGGGCUUUAUUCUCAUAGACUGGCGGCAUACCCGCCUGCACCAUGGGUGCUUAGCUAUUGUGUAUAGUAACAGGGCCUCCGGGACACAGCUCUGUUACAUAAUGACGGCAGGGGCAUUCAACGUGCUGCCUUGGAGUAUGUAGCAUUCAUGUGCUACUGAGGGAUAAAGGGCUAAUCGAGGGACAAUCCUAAAGGUUUUCCUUUGGCGUAUGUAGCGUUUAGCUGCUACUGAGGGAUAAAAGGGGUAAUCAAGGGACAAUCCUAAAGGUGCUCCCUUGGAAUAUGUAGUAUUCCUGUGCUACUGAGGGAUAAAGGGCUAAUCGAGGGACAAUCCUAAAGGUGUUCCUUUGGCGUAUGUAGCGUUUAGCUGCUACUGAGGGAUAAAAGGGGUAAUCAAGGGACAAUCCUAAAAGUGCUCCUUCGGAGUAUGUAGCAUCCCUGUGCUACUGAGGGAUAAAAACGAUAAUCAAGGGACAAUACUAAAAGUGCUCCUUUGGAGUAUGUAGCAUUUAGCUACUACUGAGGGAUAAAAGGGGUAAUCAAGGGACAAUCCUAAAGGUGCUCCCUUGGAAUAUGUAGCAUUCCUGUGCUACUGAGGGAUAAAGGGCUAAUCGAGGGACAAUCCUAAAGGUGCUCCCUUGGAGUAUGUAGCAUUCCUGUGAUGGUGGGGGUGUAAAAGGGGUAAUCAAGGGACAAUCCCAAAGUUGCUCCCUUGGAGUAUGUAGAAUUCCUGUGAUGCUGGGGGUGUAAAGGGGGUAAUCAAGGGAUAAUCUCUAAUGUGCUUCCUUGGAGUAUGUAGAAUUUUUUGGAUGCUGGGGGUGUAAAAGGGCGAUCAAAGGACAAUCCUAAAUGUGCUCCCUUCGAGUAUGUAGAAUUCCUGUGAUGCUGGAGGGGUAAAGGGUAAUUAAAGGACAAUCCCAAAGGAGCUGCCUUGAUAAAUUCAUAUGCAGAAUAAAUAAUGGUUCAGGCACUCUGGGAUAAUAGCAGCUUUAUUGGGGGCGAAAGCAGCAAUGUUUCAACCCCACCGGGUCUUUAUGAGCUUGAUAAAGACCUGGUAGCGUCGAAAUCUUGCUGCUUUUGCCCCAAAUAAAGCUAUUUGUUAUCCCAGAGUGCCUGACCCAUUACCCUAGAUCUCAAUUCUGUGCGCAUGCGCAAUGGACAUCAGUGACGUCAGCUCCUGGCAGAAGAGGACCCGCUAGAUCAAGAUGGCUGUGCCCACGAGGGACAGGUUCAAGUAAGUAAAUUUCAUCCUUCACUGCCCCCUUCCACCUCCAGUCACCGGGCCCCCAGCGGCCAUGUCACAGUUGGAGAUCUUUGUGAAUUUGGCUGUCCACGGAUGGUGACCGUGCCACUUUAAAGUUUCACUGUAGGCUCCCAGAACACUUGGGCUCAUUGAAGCGGUCUGGGUGCAAUGUCCCUUAACCAUGCAGUAGUAGUUAUUGAGAAACUGCAAUAAUUACUAUCCAGGGUUAACUCCAAAUCUAAUGAGGACUUCCUGGUUUGAAACGAAUCUUUGGUUAUCUGAUGCUGGACGUCCUCACGCUCUGCAUGAGGACCUCCAGCGUCAGAUUUUUUCCCCCCAAAGGAAUGCAUUAUUCAAAACUUUCCUACAGGGAAAUUCUAAUGUGAGCGCAGCCAUUGUUCCUCAUGCACAUUGUCUCCCCUGCUGACUGAUGGCGGGGGAAGAGCUUGGGCGGAGCCUGACCCGGCAUUUGAUUCAGGUAAGUGACUGAAGGUGGUUUAACCCCUUUAGCACAGCAGGAGGGGAGCACUGUCGGAUUUUAUAGUGCCAGGUACACUGCUUUGUGUUCCCGGCCCUAUUGAAUCCCUUUAACUCUAUGAGUGGGUUUUUUUUUGUUUGUAUUUGGGUGCUACUAAGUAGAAUACCAGUGAAGACAUGAAUCUUUUGUCUUGGGCAAUAAGUCAAAUAAAAUGGCACUGCUAUAAGUCUAUUCCCCAUCUGUUACCCUGUCUUAAUAGAAAGUGUCUUUUGUUUUGUUUGUUUUUGCAUAAAAAAAGUGAAACAAAUGAUCAGAUUACUAUUCUUAAAAAUCACAAUUAUUUUGUAGCCUUUUUUUCCUUUUAGGUUCUAAAGAAAGUAAUUAGACAAUACCACAGCUUGCUUGGCCACUAAUUACUUGUGUUUGUAGAUUGCAUCCCAACACCAUAUUAAAAGCCAGUGCAUCAUUAAAAAUGCGUCCUGUGCGGAAAACUAAAGUUAGCCUGUGGUAAUUAUUGAUAACUUUUGUCACUCUGUUUUGGUGUUCUGAAUUAAAGGACCACUCUAGGCACCCAGACCACUUCAGCUUAAUGAAGUGGUCUGGGUGCCAGGUCCAGCUAGGAUUAACCCAUUUUUUUUUAUAAACAUAGCAGUUUCAGAUAAACUGCUAUGUUUACAAAUGGGUUAAUCCUUCCUCCAAUUCCUCUAGUGGCUGUCUCAUUGACAACCGCUAGAGGCGCUUGCGUGAUUCUCGCUGUGAAAAUCACAGUGAGAGCAUGCAAGCGUCCAUAGGAAAGUAUUGUAAAUGCGUUCCUAUGCGACCGGCUGAAUGCGCGCUCAUUUCUUGCCGCGUGUGCGCAUUCAGCAGAAUGGGAGGAUCGGAGGAGGAGAGCUCCCCGCCCAGCGCUGGAAAAAGGUAAGUUUUUACCCAUUUCCUCUCCCCAGAGCCGGGCGGGAGGGGGACCCUGAGGGUGGGGGCACCCUCAGGGCACUAUAGUGCCAGGAAAACGAGUAUGUUUUCCUGGCACUAUAGUGAUCUUUUAACGAUUGAGCAUCAUGGGAACCGUAGUCCCCAAAAUCUGCCCCUAAUUUUUCUCUCUUGUUUUAUGUUCAUUUUAUAAGAAAAUACCCUGGUCAGUUUAGAUGCGGUUAGCAGUGAAUACAAAACUGAAUUUGGAACACUUACCUUCAAAUUCCCAUGUGCAUAAGGCCUUCCCCAUAGGAAAGCAUUAAAUCAGUGCUCUCCUAUGGGGAUUUUGAAGACACUGGACAUCCUCAUUCAAAAUGUAUUUCACUCGGGGAAAUAGCAGGAAGCGUUUCUAGUGGCUGUCUGCUGGACUGCCACUAGGAGCAAUCUUAACCCUGCAAUGAAAACUUUGCAGUUUCUCUAAAACUACAGUGAUUUCAGCUGCAGGGUUAAAGUGACAGGGAUACUGCACCAACACCACUUCAAUGACAUAAGGUGGUAUAUUUGCCUAUAGGGUCCCAUUAAAUAUACAAAUCUGUAUCACCAACACUAUAGUGUCCUUGUCCCUACUUAUAUUCAGGUCCCCACUGUGUGCAUUCAGAUAAAUAAAAAUGUACUUACAUUUUUUCAGCUCAGAGGCUCCCAGUGGCACUCCUUACCUCUCCUCUGCCCAUGUUACACGGAGGAGGCAUGGCCUCUCUGCGAUAUUCCAUUUCAAAGCUCCUCAUUGAGGAGCAUCGGGGACCUAAUGCGCAUGCUCAGUGAGCAUGGCACGCACAUUCAAAAGAAGAGGAUGACUGCACCCAGACCACUUCAUUGAGGUGAAUUGGUCUGGCUGAUUAUAGUGCCCCUUUAAUACACAUUUGUCUCUAAAGUGGCCAUCUCUUCUGUCACCACUGCAAAGUCUCAGCAAAAAUAUGGGCUCAUUUCCAAGCUUGUCUUUAAAAACUAGCUAUUGGACAUUGUUAACAAUUACAGCAAAUGGGUGUCUGCUGCAAAAAAAUUCAGACUGAUUUUCUUGUCCACUUCUGUGUUUCUGUGCUGCUUGUCUGCUUUCACAGAUACAGACCAUCACCUGGUAUUUAAUGUUUUGUAAAAUGGAUGAACAUGAAGAUAAAAGCAUAUUGAACAAUUCAUUGCUGUAGCCACUUCACAAAGGAUACUGUAAAAAGCGUGCAUGCACACUUCGCCUGCUGUCAUCGAAGCAGCUCCCAUUAGUGUUUUCAUGCUCCUGACUCGUUUGUCUUGCAGGUAUUUAUUGAUGGUGUAAUACGCCAUAUUUAUAGGUAGAUCUGAGUGCUUAAAUUGACUGUCAUCUCAAACUUUCUCCUAUUGUUUCAUUGUCUCCUCAGCAGAAUCUGUUUUUUUGUUUUUUUUUUUAUCUGAUCUUUCUCUGUAAAUAUUAAGGGACUACUUUAUCUUAUGGUUUUUUUCCUACACAUGACAACCUUCACAAAGAGUGGACAUUAAGGCAAGCUCCACCAUCUUGACAAAGAAAGUGGAGCUUGUCUUGGGUGUUAAGCCCAUCCUUUGUCAAGAAUAGGAAAAAUACAGAAGACAAAAUAGUCCCUACCUUGUCUUAUGUUUUGAAAAGAACAUAUUCUGAAGAAGGAAGAGAAGAGAAAACAAUUGGAGAAAGUCACGUUUGAGGUGACAUCCACUUUAAAUAUAGAAAAUAAAAUUAAUUUUCAGUUUUUAACUUGUCUUUUCCUCUACAUCUAGAUGAAGCAUGUGCAGGCCCAGGUGGACCAUUGGGCAAAUGCCCAGUGGGCCGCGAUGAGUCUGAGGCCGGCAGGGGAGAUCAAGGGAUCUGCCCUGUAGACUAAAAUGCAGACCGGGUGCAUUUGCGGCCAGAAAGGGUAGGAGGAGGAAGGCUGCCAGUUGCUACACACGUGAGCUCCGCAAUUCGGAGCAUUGUUGCAGGUUACUACGGCAACGCUCCAACACAGCGUGGCGCUCACGAGAAGUGAGGUCUCGAUCUGCACCUGGCCGACGUGCAGGUUUUAGAGACACCCAUACCACUGGAUGCGCACAGGGCUCUCGGUGUCCGUAGCUCUCUGCCAAAUGUUAAGUACAGGCCACAACACAUACUGCACCCCUCACAAACACUAUAGACACACUGCUCUCAUCCGUUACACAAACAGGACAUCCUUAACGCGCACACUGCACAACCUACACACACAGCAUAUUCAAUAUAUACACUUAGGAACAAGCUAGAACCCCUAGAGACACACACUACAUCCAUGAUAUAACACAGGGUACAUCCAUCACAUACAGAGUACAUUCCAUAUGCACACUAUGGAUCCCUUACAAAUAUGCUAGAUCUCCUACAGACACUUUGCACCACCUACAUACACAAACACAACAUUCCUGACACACAAGCCGCUCACUCUACACAUGCUCAAUACCCCAAUUAGCCACCAAACGCAUGUACAGCAGUCUCUCCUGGCCUUUUUGUCUUCUUUAGUAUAGCUAUGCGCAUGCUCACUUUGGGGGUAAGGGGGGGUGCUUGUAAUGGGUGAUGAGACAACACUCCUCCUCGCUGGCUCUGCCCCAUACUAGUGGUAUUCCCUGAUUAGAAAAUGCCUGGGGCCAAAUUUCUUUUCCAGUCCGGUAUUCUUUUUGAUUACCCGUGAAAACCCCCUACCGUCGUCACUUCAGGUGAGGGCAAUCAUCUCGAGCCUGUGCCGCACAUGCAUGCUAGAACUCCUGCUACUCCUCCACAGCAAGGUCCUGGAAGGUAAGUAAAGCUAGUUUUACACUUUCAUUAUAGUUAGUGCAUUUACUAAGCAUGGGACAUUUAGGGGUUAAUGUUGGGGUCCAAAGUAGGGUUUGAUUUAGGGGGUUGUCUUUAUUUAGUGAUCUUUCACAUUAGGGGAUUCUUUAAACUGUGAUUUAUGUCACCCUUUUUAUUUUAAUCCUUACCCCAACGGUUGGGUUUGGAAUUAGAGGAGGUUAAAAUAGCUUGCCUAACCCUAAUUUGAACCCUCACUUAACUUUAAAUGUCCUGUGUUCUUAAGCUUGGUGAAUGCACCGACUAUAAUGAAAGUGUAAAAUUAGCUUUACUUUCCAGGACCUUGCUGUGGAGGAGUAGCAGGAGUGCUAGCACACAUGUGCAGCACAGGAUCCAGCUGAUUCCCCUUACCAGGGUAGGGGAUUUUCAAGAGGUAGGGAAUUUUGAUAGAACACCCAUGUGCAGCACAGGCUCCAGCUGGGGUAAGGAGAUCUUAUAGAGGCUCUGAGCAUGUCCUGGGAAAUCCUCCACAGCAAGGUCCUGGAAGGUAAGUAAAGCUAGUUUUACACUUUCAUUAUAGUUAGUGCAUUCAUGAAGCACAGGCACGGGACAUUUAGGGUUAAGUGAGGGUUCAAAUUGGGGUUCGGUAAACUAUUUUAACCUCUCUCACACUUUAUUCUAACCCUUGGGGGAUGUGCAUUUACUUAUCAUCUAGCAUCUUCUAAUAUCUUUGUUAGAAAUUAAACAGUUUGUCAGUCACUGAUAACAAGUUCUUAAAAGGUACACUCUGGAAACUGGUAGUCACUUUAUCACCCUGUUUGUAAACAAUUCACAGGCACUUUAGUGUUCAGUAACAAUAGGCAAACAAAAAGAGAUAAAAUAGGUUCGACUUUUUUUUAUUUUUAUUUUUAAAGGAACAUUGUAAGAAUCAAAAUAAUGUUGUCUUAAUGUAGUGAUUUGUGCACAUAGAUGAUGUUCUUUUUCUCUGGCAAAGUAAAACAUUGCAAUUUCAGAGACAUCGCAAUAUUUAAAUUUGCCAGAGAACAUGCCUCCAGUGGCUGUCAGGUUGACACCCACCAGAGAUACUUCCUCGUGAAGACUUUUUGAAAAUCAAAGGUAUUCAGGUUUGCACAGCAUGACCUUUCCAAAGCUGUUAAAGAAACUGUCAAAGCACCAUGACCACUACAACCUGGAGCCAUGAGUAACCAGAUGUAAAAAAAAUUAAAUAAGAAAACGAGUACUUGUUCGGUUGAGAGCACUAAGCUGACGCUCUUGGUCAAUAGGCUCAGUACUGCAAUGCUUUGCUCUCUAGAGCAAUCUGUCGUCUUCUCAGGAGAAGACCACAUAUGGCUCAUGUGGUGUAGGUGCCUAUUGGGAUCCCAGUUUGUUGUCAAACUGUACUAAGUCGUCUACCCGUGGGACAACAGGGCACUCCUGGCACCAUAACCACAACAGUGGACUUUAUUGGUUAUCGUACAUGGAAUGUUCUUUAAAUGAGAGGCAAGAACUUUUUGGGCAGCAAUUACCGUUCAAAUGUCAUUAGUCUUCAAUAUGAUAUAUAUUUGAGAUCACACCUGAUCUAAAUUAAGGCAGAUACAUUGCUGUGUCCCAAGACCUAGAUUGCAAUUAAGUUUAAGGCAUUUUAUGCAGUUGUGUUUUGUUUUUUUGUGUGUGUGUGUGUUUUUCAGUUUAUAAGGGGAAGCAUGAAUCUAAACCUCUAAGUUAAAAAAUAAAUGUAUUAUAAAACCUUAAAAUUGACUUAUAAUAAGUAUUAUGUGACUAGGUAUAGAAUGCUGUUUUAUCAAAUAAUAAAUAAACGCCAUGUUACAGUGCAUUUUCAAACCAGCUCAUGUUACUUACAUUUACAGGCCUUUGUUACACCAUGGAGCAAAGAUAUUUUCAAAACCCGUAUCCUGACUACAACCAGCAAGAGUCAUCAGACUUCACCUCCACAGGGCAGGUGAGUUUUUUUAGAGUGCGAUACUAUGUAUGUGCAGAAGAGGAUUUCAUGUCUUUUUAAAGGAGUUUUAAUAAGUGCCCUUAACGAAUCUGACAUACAGAAGGUAUACACAUUCCACACCUUCUAUUGAAGUGUAAAAUAUGUAUUCCUGACACUUGUGGAUGAAAUAGUGUGACCUUGAGAUGUAUUGUUCCAGAGAUAAUAGUAAGUGCCCAUGUCUCUAACACAACUGAGAGCAGAGUUAUGUAGAUUGUCAGUGCAUGUCUUUAUUGUGUCUUGGAUAAGUGGGACAAAGCAUCCUUAUCUUACAUCUUUUGGUUUCUUAUUUAUAGCUGUCAUCUGACUUUGUACACCGCCUGAAUAGUAAGAUCAAGGAACUCCUUCAGCUAAUGGAAAAGGGUCUGAAAUCUGUGGACCCUGCUGACUGUACCACUUACACAGGAUGGGCAGGUAAACACUCACCCAGAAAUAUAUAUAUAAUGUACAAUAUUUGUCACAAGACACACGUGAAGCCAUACUGGGGGAGUUGUGCAUUACAUUGCAUAAAGUUGCUCUAACGUUAUUUUGAAUGAUGGUGCAUUACAUCUAAGGACAUAAAAUUUUUAAUUGUUUAAGAUUAUCAUAGCAAGAACUCAAACGCAAGUAAUAAUCUGUUCCUAUACUCCUCCAGUGUGACCCAAAUUCUGCUAGAGGAGUAAUUAUAACUACAGUGCAUGUACUGUAAUUGCUGUAAUGGAGAACUGCUUGUGUGAGGGUUCUCCUGAUAUGUCCUGUCAUCCUGUCAAUGUUGGUAUAGACCUCCUAUGCUAAGGACUGAUCUACAGGUAUAGAAAAAUCUUUUGAUGGCUAGUCAUUUUUUUUAUUUCAAGUAAAUAGGAGUACCAUGACAGGUGCAUUAAUAAAACCAUGUUAGGCUCCCAAUAGAUAACACUUGUUUUAAUUCUUGUUUACAGCAGGGGUAGUCAACCUUUUAAUACCCAACACCCACUUUUUUUGUAUCUUUGAUGGUAAAAUAUAGCGCAAGUGUGAAUAUUUUUAUUUAUUUUUUUAAGUUUAAAAAAAAAAAGUACUUUAAAUGAAUCUAAAGGGUGCUGUGUGGGGUUGUGUGUGUGUGUGUGUGUGUGUGUGUUUCUUUUAGGAAAUAUAAAAGUACAAAUAUAGCCUUUUUUAACCCCUUAAGAAUGGAUGCAAUUAUACAAGUUCUGUACCAACAUGAAACCUGGAAUUUGAUGUGCACCCAUGCUUAUUAUAUAUCUUUUUGUUCAGGAAAAAUAACUUUCAUUUAACAUUGAAUAUUUAUAUAUCAAACCUAAUUUAAGUGUAAAAUAUUUAAUUGUUUAAUAUUGAUAACAAAUGUACAGUAUUUCUUGUACUGCUCAGAAAUGAUUAGAAUAAUAACUGUCAGCGACUAGGUUCAUGCUUACUUUUUGUUUUUAUAUUCCAGGAAUUGCGAUGUUGUAUUUACACCUCUCAGAUGUGUAUGGAGAGCCAUCUCUUUUGCAGAAAGCACAAGAGUAUGUCCAAAGAAGCCUGCGCUGUUUGACCAGAAGGGACGUCACUUUCCUUUGUGGAGAUGCUGGGCCAUAUGCUAUAGGAGCUGUUGUGUUUCAGAAGCUUGGAUACUCAAAUGAAGCUGAUGAUUGUAUCAGGAGGUAAUCAGAUCUACAGAAUAGUCUCUGCAGUCCUUCUUGGCACUUCCCUGUUUUUGAUUUACAAAGCAUUACUUGCAUCCCUCCUCCCCCCACCCCCCCCAAUCCCUCACCUCACACUCUAAAACCGGUAAAAAGAAAAGAUUUUAAACUUAACUGGAAUCCAGCUCUAUGCACUUAAUAGAGAAGCCUUUAAUUGGACCGUUUCGCCUUUGGCCUGUGUGUGCAUGCUGACAGCAGAAGUACAUUUUGCACAAAAUUGACCGUUCGGAACAAAGUUCAGGGAGGCCUAAGUGGUGUGUGCCGGGGGUGUAACUAGCCCUGGCACACAAGUGCAAAUGUCUGAUUGUGCUGUGUUUCAAGCAAAAACUCUUCACAUCCGGACUAUUACUACCAUGACCACUGUAAAUCACUGUGGCGAUUGGAGUAACUUUAUAAGUGUAUUGGUUAAUCUUUUUUUUUUUUCCUCUAAAAUUACUAUAGCCUGCAUAUCUUCCUGAGUUAAGUUGAAAGUUAGGUGUUUUAUAGGGACUGUUGCUUAAAGGAUCUCUAUAGUGUCAGGAAAACAAAGCGUUUUUCCUGACACUAUAGUGCCCCCACCCUCAGGUUCCCCCUCCCGUGGCGCUGAAGGUGUUAAAACUCCUUCAGUUACCUUAAUCCAGCACCAGACUCCCUCGGCGCUGGUGACCUCUCCUCCCCGUCUGACAUCAGCUCCCCCGUCCGUCACUGGAGCAGAAUGCACAUGCACGGCAAGUGCUGUGCGCGCAUUCAAAGUGUCCAUAGGAAAGUAUUUCUCAAUGCUUUCCUAUGGAAGCUCUGCACGAUGGAGGUGAAAUUCUCUGAGACUAAGUUUACAUGUGAAGGGUUAAAACCUAAGGGACCUGGCACCCAGACCACUUCAUUGAGCUGAAGUGGUCUGGGUGACUAUAGUGUCCCUUUAACCCCUUAACUCUGUUACGGCGUUCUAUGCCGUCCCGCAUUAAAAGGGCUUUAAAGCCGUUGCGGCGGCAUAGACCUCAGCCCAUGCAGCUCUCCCCCGCCAAAUGAGGCCCCUGGGGGCCAUGUGAUCGCUCUCAAAGAGCGCUCACAUGGCCUGCUAUAGCUGGCUGUGGAUCGGCCAGCAGGGGGACUGUCUGAAAUGUCAGACAGUCCCCCAGCUGGUGGGAAGUAUUAAAAAAAAAAAAAAAAAAAAGACGUGUAAAAUUAAAUUAUAAAUGUUAUAUAUAUUUAUAUUUAUACGCAUAAUUACAAUAAUAAAUAAAAUAUUGAAACAAAAUUAAAUAUAAAUUAUAUAUGCAUAUGUAAUUUCAUUCUAACUGUAUUUUGUUAAAAUAUAUGUGUGUAUGUGUGUAUAUAUAUCACAAAAUACACUUAGAGAUAUAUAUAGAAUGUCAUUCUAUCUAUAUAUAAAAUACAAAUAAGUGUGUGUGUGUGUGUGUGUGUGUGUGUGUGUGUGUAUACAUAAAAGAUUACAUUAGUAUACACAUAGAAUUUAAAUACUUAUAAAUGCAUAUAUAGUAAAAUUCUACAUGUAUAUUUAGGUAAUCUUUUAACAUAAUUAUGUGAUUUGAUUAAUUAAAAUUUGAUUGACAUGCCUGACAACACAGGGAGAAAGUGCAGAGAAUUUAAUUCGCAAGCACUAUAUUUGACCCUGUAACUCUCCAAGACACCAUAAAACCUGUACAUAGGGGGUACUUUUUUUUUCCUCGGGAGACUUUGUUGAACUCAAAUAUUAGUGUUUCAAACUGGUAAAUUGUAUUACAACGAAGAUAUUUUAAGUAAAAGGGACUUUUUUGCAUUUUUUACAAACAAAUGGCACUUUUAUGGACUAUAUUAUUGUAAUAUGUUUUACUGUUUUAAAACCCUAAUAUUUGUGUUUUAGUGAAGUCUGCCGAGAAUAACGGUACCCCCCAUGUACAGGUUUUAUGGUGUUUUGGAAAGUUAGAGAGUCACAUAUAAGGCUUGCAUUUCAUUUUUUUGACAUUUGAAAUUUGCCAGAUUGGUUAUGUUGCCUUUGAGAGCGUAUGGUAGCCCAGGAAUGAGAAUUACCACAAGGUAUUGCAAGUGGGGUCCAGUCUUUCUUAGUAGCCACUUAGUCACAAACACUGGCCAAAUAUUAUUUUUUUGCUUUUUUUCACACAAAAACAAAUAUGAACGCUAACUUUGGCCAGUGUUUGUGACUAAGUGGCUACUAAAAAAAGACUAAACAUACCCCACUUUCAAUACCUUGGGUUGUCUACUUUUUCAAAUGGUAUGCCAUUAUGGGGGUAAUUCUCAUUCCUGGGCUACCACACCGUCUCAAAGGUAACAUUACUAAUCUGGCAAAUUUUCAUUAGAAAUUCCAAUGGACCCUUCUUCGUAUUUCUGUAUAGAGUACCUCCAGGAUGCUGAUUCAGGGGGUUACAAACAAUUUAUUUUUCCAAAAAACAGGAAACAAAUUAAAAUUCGAUAAUACUAGAAGAAUGUCCAAUAAAAACAGGAAUCCGCAACACCUAAAAAGAGUUUCGGCUAUUAAGCCUUCAUCAGAGGUAUUGUGUAUACUCGUGGCGUGCAAUCUUUUAAAUCCUCCUUUUGGUGCCUUUUUCGCCGUAAUUUCGGCACUUCAUUUCCGGGUUCUGCGUCAGAGCGUCAUCUGCGUCCUCACGCUCUGACGUCACUUCCGGUCUAUACGUCAUCUUCUAUCAGAACAGUUACUUCAUUGGCGAAAUGGAGCAAAAAAGGAUAUACAAUCUACUAUACAAAGUUCCAUAGAAAAGUCCGAUAGUGUGUGGCCUUUUCAGAGAUGCUUUGUGAAGUGUCCAAAAAUUAGUAUUAGUGAAGUAUAAUGCACCGCAUACGGUUAGAGAGGGGAGUUACAACUUUGAGAUUUGCUAGCAUGAGUUCUAUUUCUUUCACACACAAUGUUCUGAAUGCUUACUACUAUCCCAAUGGAACUCAUAAUGUAGAUAUUGGUUGACAGUCCUCUUCAGUGCUGUUCUGUCAAUGCCAAAACUGCGUUGUCUGUGCAGUACAAUGGAAUCUACAUAAAAAUAAAAUACCAGAGGCCAUCUUUCUCCCCAUUAGUCUUGGAAGUAUUUUCUACAUUAAGUUGGUUUAACCAUUUAAAGAUUGACACUGCCAUUUUUAAAAUCUUCUUUUUGUAUAGUUGUUGCAGUCUAUUUUUUGUACUUCUUCUCUUUCCAUGUCUGUUCCGCCAUAAUUAUCCUGUGUUUCUUUCUGCAGCCUCCUUCAGAUGCAUGCUUCUGUGAUAAAGUUGGACUCCCGACUCCCAGAUGAAUUACUCUACGGACGUACAGGAUAUCUCUAUGCCCUCCUUUUUAUCAACAAACAGUAUGGGAUGGAGAAGAUCCCUUUGGGAUACAUUCAGCAGGUAUGAAACUGCUUUCAUUUCAAUUGAAUGUGCACAGAUUUGUUUGUCACCUCUUUUCUUUCUGUUGCUUUCUUUUAAGUGGAUUUGUACAAAUCUAUCUUCGAUGAAUAGCUGAUGCUGUUGCAUACAGCACUGCUGGCUUACAAACCUUUUUGAAGUACCGAUUUUUAGUGACAGAAAGCACUAUCGCAGUAUAUUCUUGUUGUAUAGGUUAUCAUGCAAGGAGGAUCUCUAUCACUAACCCUGCAAGAUAAGUUAUCUUCAUACCUACUGUGUUAGAGGCAUCUUUAUAGAUGCUACUUUCUUAUGCGUCCACGUCUGUACCUUCGUUCAGAAAAUGUUGUGUUUUAAACUCAGCUACAGAUACAAUUGUGAGGGAGCCUUUCAGAAAAGUGAAUAUUCAAACAGAUGUGACUGCUCUGCAUUUACUCUCCACAUACAAGCUGUCAGAGAAAAGCAUAUUGUCUGUAUGUGAAUGAGAGUAAUUAGUAUAGUAGUUCUGUAUUUUUUUUUAUUUUUUUUUUUAAACAGCUGUAUACCUAAUGGCAAUGCGACAUGGCCUGUAAUGGCAUAGGUCAUUAUGAUGCCAGGAGGGUCCAUUUAAUUCUAUCCAGGUUGGGACGUUACACUUUGUUCAUAACCUCAUCUGCCAUAGAAGUUCACUUAUAUUUUGUUUUAUUGCUUUCUUGCCAGGUGUGCCAUACGGUACUGGAGUCAGGUCUGCAGUUGUCAGGACAAAGAAACUUCACCGCUCAGAGCCCACUGAUGUAUGAGUGGUACCGAGAGUAUUAUGUUGGCCCUGCCCAUGGCCUUGCAGGGAUAUACUACUACUUAAUGCAGGUAAGAUGCUGAACUAAUCAAGGCUACAGUCACAUAUUAGGAAAUAAACACGGUCUGUAAGAAUGUAAAUCACAUAUAAUUAAAGUCUAGAGGAACCCAAGUUUCUUGAAGUGGCUAUUGAUCUCCUGGAAUCUAACGAAGGCAGUAGUUUCCUUAUUUUAUUUUUGGUUUGUUUGUUUUUUACGACUCUUGUAAUCAGCUACUGCUCUUCUUCAAAUCUGUAUGGAAAGUAAUUGCGUUGCUCCUUUAAUACAAAAGACAAAACGUUAUAGAAUAAGUAAUUUUAAUGUAGUUUAAAUUCUGGUUUGAUUUAGAAGACUCAAAAAGAAAAUUGUACAAUACAGGAGUGUCUGUGUCUGUCGCAUAUAGUCUUGUAAUGUUUAACAGACUAGCCCAUUAAGCUUGCAAUUAACACAUAUCCGUUUCAGUAGAACACACAUUUAUUUUGCAAAGUACAAAUAAUGUCUUCUUUCCCUUUUUAGCCUGAAUGCAACCUUGGUAGUGAUAAGCUGUUGACCUUUGUGCGACCAAGUUUGGACUAUUUCAGCCAUCUCAAGUUCCAGACUGGCAACUACCCACCCUGCAUAGGCGACCAUAGAGAUUUGCUAGUACACUGGUGCCACGGAGCCCCAGGUGUCAUUUACAUGUUAAUCCGGGCCUAUAAGGUAUAUGAAAAAUCCUUCUUACAGAGGUUGUGAACUGUAAUGUUUAAAUGUUUAUUGAAGGAUCACAAAAAUAAUCAAUACAGUGUAGUUUGAAAAAUUAUCAAAUGACUAGAUGUUUAGAAAUGUAUAUUUUAAAUUGUGGUAUCUCCCUAUCUACCCAUGAAUUUUCAGCAGAGACAAUGAGUAUAAUGGCGUUAAAACGAUGGAGAUCGCGUAAGUAUAUGAAAACAUACAAAGCAAAUAUCACCUGUAUAUUUAUGAUAAAUUAUUUAAUUACUGCAUAAAGAGCCAAUAGAACUCAUAUUAAACCUGGCUUGACAGGUUCACGUUAAGUAACAGCACUCCUUUAACAUCCCCUGGGAGAUUUUUAAAUGUACACAAAGGAUUCCUUUAACAAGAAGCAGUGUUUUUACUACUGUUUUAGUAAAGCACGGAGGGGAUGGCCUUGCCUCCAUUGAAUGUCAAUCAACUGCAUGCUAUGCGUGCUAACGACAAACUCAUUCUGUGCACAGAAUUCAGAGCACCACCUCUCGUUCCAGGCUUGCUAAUGAUGCUGCUGGAAAUAGUUACAACUCUGGCAGCAAAACCAAAUAACUCUGUAUCUGAAAUGCUGCACAUACAAACUCCACACAACAUGGCCCUUUUAAAUUGCUGAAGUUGUCAUGGUGCUUGGAGUAACUCUUUUAACCCCUUGAGGACCGCGGACGUAUCGUGUGCAUCUGACAAAAAAAGUCAUUAAAGAUCUCGGACGUACCUGAUGCAUCCAUUGUGAAUUAGCGCGCUGUUAAGCGAGCCUGAUCGCUUCCAGCUGCUCUGACGUUAUUGCAGCGAUGCCUCGAUGUCGAAGCAUCCUGCAAUACACCCCCUCACUGCCGGGCCGCUCCCCUGGAGCGAUCACUUCCAGGUUGCCCGGCAGAGCAUCGGAAGCCAUCAGGCAGGCUUCUAAUGCUCUGCCUGUGCUGAGUGACUCGAGGGGUUGAGGCACUCAGUGAAGAUAAAGUAGUCUUGUUUUUUGUUUUUUUGUUUUUUUAAAACCUAAUUUUUAAAAAAAAUUAUCCCCUUCUCUCCCUCCAUUCCCAUUUACUUACCUGAUCACCGCCGUUCCCCAAACGGCAAUCGGUCUUCGCCACGGGGGAGAGAGACACUGUCUGACAAUAGUACCCCUAGGGCCAUGUGAUCACUCUGCGAUAGUGAUCAAAUGGCAGCAAUAGCUGUCCAUAGUGUUGUCUGCAUGGGGACUGCCUGAACUGACAGGCAGUCCACCUGCUUGUGAAAAAGUUUAAAAAGUAAAAAAAAAAAAUAGUCCAGAAAUAAAAAAAUAAAAAAAGUAUUCUAUUUAUAUAUGUGUAUAUAAAGUCAUACUAAGUGUAUUUUUAAUAUAUACACAUAGUCUUCAAAUAUAUAAAAUAUGUAUAUUUAAAAUUCUAUGUGCAUAUUUAUGUAAUAUUUUUACAUAAUUAAGUCAUUUUAUUGAUUGCAAUUUGGGGGACCUGCCUGACAACCAAGGCAGAAAGUCCAGAGAAUUUUAUUUGCUAGUACUAUAUUUAACCCUGUAACUUUCCAAGACACCCUAAAACCUGUACAUGGAGGGGGGAUUCUGUUUUACUCGGGAGACUUCGCUGAACACAAAUAUUGGUGUUUCAAAACCGUAAAACGCUUCACAGCGAUGAUUUUGUCAGUGAAAGUGACGUUUUUUUGCAUUUGCCACACACAAACUGCACUUUCACUGAUAUCAUUGUUGUGAUACGUUUUACUAUUUUGAAACACUAAUAUUUGUGUUCAGCAAAGUCUCCCGAGGAUAACAGUACCCCCCAUGUACAGGUUUUAUAGUGGUUUUGAAGUUACAGAGUCAAAUAUAAGGUUUGACAUUUUGAAAAAAAAUGUUUUUUAUUAUUUGCCAGAUUGGUUAUGUUACCUUUGAGAAUGUAUGGUAGACCAGAAAUGAGAAUUACCCCCGUGAUGGCAUACCAUUUGCAAAAGAAGACAACCCAAUGUAUUAUCAAUGGGGUGUGUUCAUUCUUUUUUAGGAGCCACUUGGUCACAAACACUGGCCAAAGUUAGCAUUCAAAAUUUGGCCAGUGUUUGUGACUAAGUGGCUACCAAAAAGGACAGUACGUACCCCUUUUUGAAUACCCUGGGUUGUCUACUAUAAAAAAAAUAUGGCUUCAAAAAUGUCCCAAAUAUGGUCUUUUAGCCCCCAGAGAACCCAACACACCUAUACAUGGGUGGUAUCACUGUACUCAGGAGAUAUUGCUGAACAUAUAUAAGGGUUACUGCCAAAGAACACCCCAAAAGUUCUCAGUACAUGUAUUCUUAAAUUGCUAUGUGUGUCAAAAAAAUCACUUUUUUUCAUUCCCACCAAUUCAUGCCAAAUAAAAAUGAGUCAAAAUACCCCAAGUUUAAUACCUUAGGUUGUCUUCUUGAAAAAAAAUAUUUACGUGUGUAGGUUUAUUCAGGGAUUCCUGACAGAUAUCAGUGUUACAAUGUAACAAUGGUUUGGAAAUGGCUACUUUGUACUUAUUGUCCUAUAACUUUCCCAAAAAAGCUAAGAACACGUUAACAUUGGGUAUUUCUAAACUCAGGACAACAUUUUUAAACUAUUUAGCACAGGUUUUUUCUUUGGUUGUAGAUGUGCAACAGAUUUUGGGGGUCAAAGUUAGAAAAGGGUUGUGUGUGUGGUGUUUUAUUUUUUUUUUUUUUUUUUGGAAUCCUAUUUUAUUAAAGAUUUAUAGUAAAUUAUGAUAUGAGAAUAAUGGCAUCUUUAGAAAGACUUAUUAACUGUACCCACACAUAUACCGUUUUUCUCGUAAGAGGAAGAUUACAGCUAAACACAAACACCGCAGAAAUGUAAAAACAGCCCUGAUCCUUAACGGUAAGAAAAUUGAAAAGCGCUCUGGUCACUAAGGGGUUAAUAGCCAUUUUGCUGCUGACGUUAUUGUAGCAGUUUAGGUGAAUGAUUGUGUAAAAUGUAUUAGUCAGCAAUAAAAAAUAACUAAAUCUAGACAGGGGUUCCCAACCCAGUCCUCGUGUACCUCCUACCAGUCCAGGAUUUAGGGAUUUCCCCGUUGUUUCUAAAGGUUGUUUUUUGUUUGUUUUAAACACCUUAAACACAACUGGGUAAUCCCUAAAUCCUGGAUGUUGGUGGUUCUUGAGGACUGGGUUGGGAACAACUGAUCUAGAGCUAUGACCAUCAUGUCUUAAUGUCAGGAUUAUUCACUAAAGUCUGAAUUCAAAGAGAAUUUGAAGCCAAAGUAGCCAAACUUGGAAGCAUAGCUGACAUAAGAAAUGUUUCCAAGUUUGGCUUUUUUUUACCUUGAAUUUGACAUUCACCCCAAAUUCACUUUGAAUUCUCACUUGAGUGAAUAACCCCAUAUGUCCUCAAACAUUAAAAUCCCUGACUGUAUAUAAUUGGUACUAUACUCCGUCUAAAAUAGCCAAAAUGUUUCCGCAUUUAGGUGACUCAAGCUGGAGAUGUGGUUUCCGGGUGGGAACCUAUAUACAUAUUUGGUGGACCUGCCCUGUAGUGAGGCUGCUGUGGGCAUGGGCUUUCAAUAUUUUUUUUACACUAUCCAAUAAUAAAUGAGAAGACCCUGCCACCGCCCUUUUGCAUAUAAACUUGCAUUCCAAAUCACUGAAACUAAGUUGUAUAGCGGUGCACUGUUUAGUGGCCGUUAAAAUUAUAAUUGCUAGAAGAUGGAAAUCAUCCAUUCUCUUUCAAAAAACUCACUUGAUUAAACAAAUUAAAUAUCAACUGACUAUGGAAACCAAUCUGAUUAAUAAUGUGUCUAAUGCAAUUUAUAAGAAAGGGAUAUAUAAGAUGUGGUUGGACAAUAUCUUAUUAAUAUAUGGCUGACCUUCUAUUGCUUAUAGUUGGAUUCUUCAUUAUUCACAAUAUUUUUUUUUUUUUUUUCCUAUAAGAAUAAGUUGGAUUGGAUCUUGUCCUUAAGUAAUAAAGUGAUAGAGAAGGGAGGGAGUAGUGGGAAAUUGAUUCGGUUAUACUGUAUAUACUUGAGUAUAAGUCGACCCGAAUAUAAGUUGAGACCCCUAAUUUUACCCCCCAAAAAUGGGAAAACUUAUUGAUUCGAGUAUAAGACUAGGGUGGGAAAUGCAGCAGCUACUGAUAAAUUUAUUAAUAAAAUGAGAUCCCCAAAAAAUAUUAAUUGAAUAUUUAUAUGCUGUGUGAUGCAGAGCCUUGGUGGGGGGGUGGGUAUCUUUAUUUUUUUUAUUAUUAUUUUAAUAAUUUUUAUUUAUAUUUUUUCGUCCCCCCUCCCUGCUUGAUACAUGGCAGGGAGGGGGGCUCUAACUCCCUGGUGGUCUAGUGGCAUGGGCUGUGUAGGAGGGGGCUGGCAGCAAACUGUAACUUACCUUUCCUGUAGCUCCCUUCUCUCUCCUCCGUUCCUGUCAGCUCCCACUGCAAGUCUUGCUGUGUGAGUGCUGCGCGGAGCGUUGCCACGGUAACCCGUGGCAACGCUCUGACCCCGCAGCUCUCGCAAAACUUGCAGGGGAGCUGACCGGGAUGGAGGAGAGAGAAGGGAGCUGACAGGAGCUGCAGGAAAGGUAAGUUACAGCUCGCUGUCAGCCCCCAACAGGACCGCCAGGCUUGUAAUGAGCCCGGCGGUCCUGGUCUGUAUUAUGGCAAUGUAAGUUGUCAUAAUACAUACAGUGACUCGAGUAUAAGACGAGUGGGGGUUUUUCAGCACAAAAAAUGUGCCGAAAAACUCGUCUUAUACUAGAGUAUAUAUGAUAAGUCUUUUGGACAUACGAUGGUAGAUUUAUCUGUUAAAAUAAUUUUAGGACUAAUUUUCUCCCACUCUGGUGUGAAAGAUUUUGUUGUUUGUGGUUUUGCAUUGUGCGAUUGUUAUUUUUUUAUACCUGUCCUGUUAAAAUAUAUGUAUUUAGAUCAGUAUUGGUUUUUGGAUAGGUUUUGUAUAUAAAUGUUAUAUUUGUGAGAUAUGUAAUUGAUGAAAUUUUCAAUAAAGAAAUAUUAAAAAGAAAAAUCCCUGACUGUUGCCAUUCCAGGUUUUUGGCGAUCAGAAAUACCUGAUAGACGCUUUGCAUUGUGCAGAAGUAUGUUGGCAGCGUGGGUUACUGAGGAAAGGCUAUGGGCUGUGUCAUGGAUCAGCUGGAAAUGCCUACAGCUUUCUUGCACUCUACAACCUGACCCGUGAUUUAAAGUACUUACAUAGAGCAUGCAAGGUAAGUGUGUCUUUCCAUCAGUAGGAUGCACACAUUCAAAAAGCCUUUCCAUAAAGGAAUGUUAUGCAAGGCAUGUUUCACCUCUUUGUACCUAGCUAAAAUGAAUCUCACUACAUCAUACAUCACUGUAAAGCAGCAUGUCAUGUUGUUUUUGCAUAAUUUCAUACAUUGCUAUAAUCCCUCUGUCGGUUACUAACUAAAUGGGAGUUAUGGAUAUCUGAGGAUUGCAAAUUUUAUGCCAAAAAUUGUUAAAUGUGAAACCUGCAUUAGCUGAACUUUCAAGGCUCAUUUUGACAAAAACAUUUUAGAAUUCCCUUAUCUUUUCUCUAUUGUGAACUGUUUAAUUCAUAACUCUUUAAUACGUUUUCAUGUGUAAUCUCUGCGCUAAGUAGGUCUUGUAAAGAGUUUCCUGGUUGUAAUUGAUAUGAAGCAAGAUAUUUAUAUUUUUUUAAUGCAUAUUUAGCACGAUUAGUCCUGAUUUAUGUAUUUAUUUAUUUUAUUUUUUUUACCAUGAAUAAUAUCAGUUGCACCAGUCUUCUCUAACACAUUGUUACCGAUUUUGUUUCACAAAAGGCUUCAAACAGAAGAAGCCACAUCUUGUGGCAACUUUGUUUUGUGAAUCUGGCUGUUAGUCACAAGACUUCAUGUACUUUGAUUACUAAUGUAGCUAUUUCACAAGAAUCAUUUGUAAGAUGCAACACAGCCUUGGUGCUCUGUGUAUCAUUAUGACUGGUUUAAAGGAUGCCUAAUGUUUAAGAACUGGUUUUCUUUACUCCAGAUCAUCCACAGAAUCUUUGGUCCUGGUUUGGUUUUUGAUUAUUUGUGUGAUUUGAGCUGAAGAUGGCCCUCAAUAUAUUUGGAGUAUUUUUUUGUACAGACUCUUGGCAUGCUGAACAUUUUUGUGUACUUUCAAUUGAGUGGUUUUAUUUUGCAUUCCGAGUAUUCUUGGAACUGAUUUGUGAUAACUGUCGCAUUUAAUCCGAGUCUUUCUGAUAUAAACUUGACAUGGUCCUCUAAAAUAGGAGUGUUUGUUUGUUGGAGCUCAUUUGUUGUUUUGUUGAUGGUAGUUGUGUACUUAAGGAUCUAGAACCCAAUUCUGGGAGAGGCACUAGAACAUAAUUUAAUAUCACUCUCUCGCAGUAGGAUUUAUUUACUGUACUCUGACUUGCAGUGAAUUAAAAUCCACAGAGCAAAAUUUAGGCAAACUGCAGAUUUUAGAGAACUAUGAACUCACAACUAUGCUAUAGUCUGAUCUUGACUCUUUCAGCCUUCAUUUUGUCUUCUGGAAUUCAAUUCACUACAAUUUGGACAAUGGUGAAUAACAUGUGGAUGUGUGUGUGUGUGUGUGUGUAUAUAUGUAUGUGUGUGUGUGAUAGAUAUAUAGAUAGAGAUAGAGAUAUAUAUAUAUAUAUAUAGUUUGUGAUUGCAGUGGUGUAGUAGUAUUGAGGACUAGCUUGUUUGUAUGCAGUUGUGGGUGUUGCCUAUCCUCUUCUCCCUGCUUGUGUAUUUCUCCAUCUCGUACUAUUCCUUUAUCUCUCCCCCACUUGUGUCCAUCUGCUUCUAUUCCUCUUUUGACUGCUUGUGCCCCUCUUCCCAUAACCACCUCUCCCCAUGUGAGUACAUCACCCCCACCCACUCUAGCCCCACUGCCCAUAUCCCUUUUCUUUUUGUCUUUAUCCCCUUUAUCUAGCCAUCCCCUUUUUACCUGUCCAUUACACUUUUUCUUCUGUCUGCCCCUCUGCCCAUACCUCCCUUGCUCACUUCUGUCCUGCCUACUGAACCCUUCCCCAUUUGUGUUCCUUUACUCAUACUACCUUAAUAUCCUAUCUUGUGCAGUCUGCUUCCACCCCCCUCUGCUUUCUACCUUAAUGAGUGUCAUGGGAAUUGAAGUCCUUGGAGCAAGCAUGCUUUUGCAGUACUCUAUGAAGUUCUGGAUGUUUUGUGCAGAGGGUGGAGAUACACCGUAUCCUUGCACUCUUUACCUGCUUCACAGCCCAGCAUUUAAGAGUCCUGGUAGAGCAUGCUGUGUUCUUGCUUCCAGGACUCUGACUCUAUUGCCCUCCAGUUAGCCACCAGCCCUGAAACACAGACAUACAUGUACUCGGCAUGGAUACCAGUCUAGCCAGGUAACUCUGGGUGGGCAUUUGCCCUGGAUCCAUGCCUGUAUGUACUCGAUAAUUUUAAGUUCUGAUGAUGGUUUGCUAACAUUAGAUGAAUGUGUGAGUACGUUUGUUCUAGGAUCCAUCUCUGCUUUCAUCUGUGUUUGUUACUUUAUAUGUUACGGCUUUAGAUUUGUUUACAUGAUUGUUCUCUAGAUCUGCUGCAUCCAGCAUAUAUCUCUCCACUUAUAGAAGUAUAAUUCCUAUGAAUCUCAGCCAGCUAGCCAUGGAUACUUAUUUUUGAAUUUGUCUGUUAAGGUUAAUUUGUCCCUUUUUUUUUUUUGGCUUCUUUUUAUCUGAACUUACUGUCCUACUUUGUUUUGUUCUUAGGAUGAGCAAAUAAAUGUUCUGUUUUAAAGCCCUUUGAUUGUAGUUGACUUUUCAAUCUGUCCUUGUGAUGUUAAAUAAUAUUUACAUCCCGGUAUAUUCUGUUUCCGUGAUAGUUGUGCAAUGUGUCCUGUUCCAAGCUAACCUUUUCUUUUCUUUUCUUUUUUCUUUCUAGUUUGCAGAAUUUUGUAUGGAUUAUGGUGAGCAUGGCUGCAGGACACCAGACACUCCUUUCUCUAUGUUUGAAGGUACAGUUUGGGAAUCAUGUCCUAUUUAUUUCUUGACCUAAAAUAGCAUGUGUGGUAGACAAGAAGGAAUUGAAAUAAUAUGAAAAAUACUUAAAAUACCAGUACUGAAUAGUUUUUUUUAAUUUUACUCUAUUGGGGGGGGAUUGCUGAGCCUUUAUAGGUGCAGUCUAAGGUCCAUUAUCACUAAAGCAGAGAAGGGCAGAAUGAACCAACCCUGAGACUGACUGCAACAUACAAGAUUUGACAGUGCCACACAGACCAUUUAUAAAAUAAAUAUACAUUUUGCUGCCUUUAAAUGAACCUUCGCAUCUUAAAAAAAUAUAUGCGUGGAAAUAUGUGUUUUGUGCAGUGGGUAUUAGAAGAUAGUUAGGUAAAACAUUGAAUUAUGUUCUUGUUAAUUACCCUUCUUGUCCCACCUAACUCGACAGUCACAAUUCAAUGGCUGAACACCAUUUGGCUACUUUGACAAGCGUUGUAGACCUUUGCUGAAGGUAUAUGUAGACAGUGGCCCUUUUUUGUUGUUUUUUUAAUAUAUACAGACACUCCUCACUUACCGACCGGGUUCCAUUUCUGCAACCCAGUUGUAGAACGAAUUGGUCGGUAAGUGAGGAUUUAGAUUUGUUUACAUGAUGCAUUCGUCUGUGUACGGGGAAACUUCCCCGAACAUAGACAAACACACCUUAGCAAGGAAUCCCUCUAAUCUAUGCUUGGGAAGAUUUCACCGAACAUAGAUUAGAGGGAUUCCCUGCUCUCAUGCGUUCGUCUAUGUUCAGGGAAGUUUCCCCGAACAUACAUGUGCACCAGAGCAAGGAAUCCCCACGACGACUCGCACUUACACCUGGUCGUAAGUGUGAGCCGUCGUAAAACACUGUAUACCUCUGAUGUUUUAGUGUUUUGGAUCAUAACUAGUUUAACAUGUGCCAAAAUUCCACUGGGGUUUUAAAGUGACUCUGUGUAUAAAUGAUUUCAUUUAUAGGGGACACUAUAUAGGCACUAUAACCAGUUCAUCUCAUCGAAUAGGUUAUUAUGCUUGCAGUCCCCUGACCCUAUCCGUCUAUUUAGUGUUAAACCAUUUUUGAGCAGUUUAACUGUGAGAUUUCUGGCUGCCCACUGCACAGCCCUCGCUAGAAGUAUGGCUAAGGCAGACCUUAUACACUUCCAUAGCCAUACCAAUUCAAACCAGCAAUCGGUGGCUCUGACAGGCUGAGAGAGAUCAGCCUAAAAUUUCCAUCUUAUUUAGUCUCUGACACCUAUUCCUGCUCAUUAUGAGCAACACCGAGGGGAUGGGAUGCUCAGCUGUCUCGUUUGGCAUUAAAACAUUAAAAACUGUUUAUCAAUGAACAGAAGUAUAGUGCCAGGAGAGUCCAAAUUCUAAAACCACUUCAAUGAGAUGGAGCAGAUAACCUAACCUUGUGAAAUGUUUUUAGUGUAUCAAGCCCUGUUUGUUUAAAAAAAAAAAAAAAGGCUGUUUGGAUUGAAAAACAAUGCAUGCUGAUUCCCUUAACCACCUUUUAUCUUCUCUCCUCUUCCAACAGGUAUGGCCGGGACAAUUUACUUCCUGUCUGAUUUACUAGAACCAUCGAGAGCCAGGUUCCCAGCUUUCGAAAUCUGAGAACCGUUUAGUGCACCCCCCACCCCUCUUAGUUCCACGUUGACAGCGUCAUGGAAUAAUGCUUGAUGUAAAAGCCAUAAAAACAGCUUAGCAUUGAUAACCAGCAUUCAGUGAUGCUUUCGUACACUGCCAGAUAUGAAACUCUGUUCACAGACUUUAUCUGUGAAAAGUAUAACUUCUUAUUAAAGGCAUAUGACAAAAAAAGUGAACUGUAAAUAGUUGAAUGUAAAAAGUAACUGUGUUGCAUGACUCUUUAAACCCUGCAUAGGCAUCAUCUUGUCAUCUCUGGCACAUUAUAACAUCCUCUGUCUGCUAUAGUUGUGACACAGAGGCUGAUUGGCAUUUAUUGCUCAUUAACUUCUUACCUUUGCGUGUUUUCUGGAAAAGAAAUUCAAUGUUUUUAAAGGGGAACUAUCACUUCUCUAGGACGUAAACCAUUAAAACAUUGAAAAUCAUCUAUAACUUGUGGUAACCUUUUUUGUUUAAAGAUGCUCCAUUUUAUGUUAAAUAUAUUUAACAGAUUUGGAUAAAGUGAUAUAGCAACCCAGUUCAGUUUGUGCACAGUCAGGGCACACAUUGUAUUGAAGGAGAAACAAAUAUUUAAUUUUUCUGUUUUUCCUCUUCUACUAACUAUGGUGACUAGCAGAAAAAGCAGAAUUUAUGACAAUGACUGAAAGGAAGCAAAGAUGGAGGCACUAAUUCUGGCUAGAAGUAAAAAAAACAGCGGUGUGAAUUUCUACAUUUCAUUUUUUUUUUUUUUUUUAGAUCUCACAAAGACAUAUAUGGUGGUAAAUAUAGGGAAUAAGGAAACCUAAUAUUAAAGAUCUUGGGAAGUGACAGCUUCCCUUUUAAUAUACUUAUUAGUUGCAAGGUGGUCCCUCCCAAUGAAAAAAAACAUCUUUCAGUGAAAACCUGUAUAAGUGAGAAACAAACGUGCACGUUUUAGAAUAUCCAGCUCAUAUGAUUUAUAAUGUAGUUUGCUUGUACACAUUGAAGAAUUAUUGAAAUAAAAUACUUUUUGUUUAAUUUGAUUCCGAUGUUUGUUUAGACUAUUUACUAAGCCCAAUUCACUUUUUGGGCACUUCUGUUACAAC